AAAUGAAAACCGGAAGUAUUUUUAAUCCAAGAAGUGUUCUUGAUUUGACAUACAAGAUAACAGCAAUGGAUGCCUUCUAAAAUUUCCUAUUUGCUGGAGAUGAAAAAGGAAACAUUUACAGGUAAUAAAAUGCAGAAUAUCAGAUUAGGUAUAAUUUGACCUUGGAAUCAGUAAAUGUAUUGGCACCCAAUUCAAUUCAAUAGCAAUAAUUCACUAAAGCAAAGAUUGAUCAAAUUAAAAUCUUCCCUCAUGCAAAUGCCAAUCUUUUAGUUUUAUCAGAUUAGACUCUAUAUUGUAUAGAAGCAGCAACAUUGAGAGGGGAAGUGAUAAAUAAGGAAAAGGUAGUUAUUUUUGCAUUAAAUGAAUUUUCAAAAAGUAAUUAAUUGGAACUAGUUAUGAUCACUAAAAAGAAAGAAGGAUAUAUUAUGCAAUAUAAUCUAAAGACAGGAAGAUUUGAAUAAAUGAGAGAAAAGUUCAUUCUUUCUGACAUUCCAAUUACAGUUGCUUUCAUAGGUAAUUUGUUUUUCUUUGGAAUUCAGAAGAAAAAUUACUCUGUCAUAAAUCUCGAUGACAAGUAAUUGUAAGUAGCUAAUUUAUUAAUGGAUAUUGGUUCUAAUCCAUUUUUAAAAGCAACAGACAACGAUGAAAUACUCAUUAUUACUACAAACAAUGUUGGCAUAUUUAUAGGUAAGGAUGGAUAAAUGAAAUAAAAAAGUACUAUCUUAAUCCAAAAUAAACCUAUAUCACUUAUCACAACCUUUAAGCAAUAUCUAAUAGUCAUCUUUGAUAAUUUGUUGCAAGUAUUUAAUCUGAGUGACUCUAAACACAUGAGUGAUAUUCAAUUAUCAUAGGCUGCCAGAUGUAUCACUUAGACAUCAAGCCAUCUAUUCUAUGGUAGUGCUGCUGAAGUAUAUUAUUCAUUUAAACAUAGAUAAUUUAUUUGUAUCAAACUCCUGCCGAAUAAUAAAUAUCCGAGUUAUUAAAAAAUGGAAGAGUAGAAGAUGCUUUAUAAGUCUAUUCAUAAAAUAAUCAAGCUGCUGAUCCUUCAAAAAAUUAACAAUUGGAACAAUUGAAAUUGGAUUGUGGAUGGUCUUUAGUUAGACAAAUGCAAUUUUCAAAUUCUCUCAAUUAUAUUGUGUAAACUAAUUUCGACCCUAGGGAUUUCAUUUGUUUGUUUCCUGACUAUUAUCCUGCACCUGAAAAGUUAUAAUCAGUGAAUCCAAACCCAUCAUUAUAAACCAUCUCAUUAAUUAUAAAUAAAUUUGUGUAGGAAUCCAGAGGAGAUCCAACGCGAAUUUAAGAACUCAAAUUUCAAGCUAAAGAGUUUUUAGUUGAAAUUCUAGAAAAAAAGAGAGCUGUUCUUACUUCACCUUAAUAUGCAUACUCAAUGAAAGAUAAGAUUAACCUAUUGACUACAACUCUAAAUUUUAAUUAAAAUUAAUGGCAACCUAUUUCUUGUGACUAAUUGUUGGAAUUAAUAGAUUUUGCUUUAAUUAAAUUAUAUCUAGAAUCUUCACAAUAUUUUCCUAAAUUGAAAGCAUUUUUUACGAGCAAUCAAAUCUAUUGCAUCUAAAUGUACAAUCAAUUAUAAGGAUUAAUUUAAAAUAAUAGAGGAAUCGAAUAAUAAUAAGGUAUCUUAGCUAAGUUCUAUGAAUCAUUUAAUAAAAUUGAUCAGUCUCUUGAGAUUUGGAAGAAAGUUGGAAGAGAAUCUAUACAUCUACAAGAACAGCAGGAAGCCUGUGAGGAGACAACAAGAAUUCUAAAGCAGAAUCCAGAAAAGAAUAGAAUCUUUAAAUUUAUAGUAUGGGUGUUUAAGAAACAAUUUAAGGUUGGGGUUCAAAUAUUUCAAAUUAGUGACUAAAUUAUUACACCUGAUCAGAUGUUGAAAUUUCUAGAAGAAUAAGAAUUGGACUCUGAAUUAAAAAGGAAAUUGAAAGAAAAAUAUUUAGAAAUUUUAGUAUUAGAAAAACAAACUGAUGAAGAAAGAUUUCAUACUCAAUUAGCAUAUUCUUAUAUUGAUUCCUUGUUUUAAUAAUACCCUAAGGAAAUGGAUUUCUCAAAAAUAGAUUUAAGAAAAAACUAAGUUGUUAGUGAUCAAUAUCAAGCCCUGAAAAGAUAUUUGAAAAACCCAAAUGCAAAAUAUAACUCUUCUAGUAUUUUAGAAAAAAAAGUGAAGGAUUCUUGGAUGAUAAACGAAGUCAUUCUAUUGUAUGGAAGAGAGAAAAAACAUGAAGAAGCGCUUAAUUAACUUUUGAGUCUUGGAUUCUAUGAAUGGGCUGAAAAGUAUUGUUGUGAUUAUACUGAUAAUCUAUUGACAAAACUAUUUAAAAAAGUAUUUAGUCUAAUAUAAAGUCUUAAUCUAGUAUAAAGAACUUUAUUUUUAUUUGGAAGGGAAAUAAAAAGAAAGACCAACAGAUUAACAAGCUUAAAAUGCAUUUAAUUAAAUUAAAGUAUUAAUAAUGUGUUAUAUUAAAAAAGAUAACUAUUAAUAGUUUCUUAAAAAAAUUUGCAACUCACUCUUAGCUUAAUGUUUUGGAGGUUUUAGAUCUGAUUCCUGAUAAUUGGAUACUUUCUGAUUAAAGUGAGGAUGAUGGACUGUUUUAAUUUUUGAAGAGUGUAAUAAGUAAACUUUAAGGUGAGAUUUAGGUCAUACGUUACAUUAGAAAAGGUCAACUAAAGCAGCUUAUCAGUUAUCUUAGGUGGACUUGUUGUACGUAUAAUGUCAAGUUGCUACAACUAAAUAAUCGAAUAUAAGAAUGACAAGUGAAAAGAAAUGUUCUGUUUGCAGUAAAACAAUAGGAGAAAAAGUAUAUACUUAAUUAAAUAGGUUUUUGUGGUAUAUCCGAAUUCUGUAUUAGCACAUCACACUUGUAUAAAAAGUAAUACGAUUUGUCCUUAAACAGGCAGAGAUUUUGAGAAAUAUUUUAAGUUCUGA